GAACUGUGGCGAGUGACAAUAACAAGCAUGGAGAAACUGGUCGUACUUCCACCUCUGGAUGGUAGGGCGGCAAAGCCAUACAGAGCCGGCUGUAAAAUCUAUGCAAAUUGCUGUUUGUUUCAGAUUUUGAAGCAGUUACCGAAUGCAAAGAUUGGAGACAUGACGAAACUGAUGUCCACCCAUUUGAAAGAAGUGAAAAGCAUGAUCUCCGUCAAAGAAAUGAUGGAUAUUGCACGUGAGUAUGAGCGUUCAUUAACGCCUAAACAGUGCACAGUGUUGGAUGCAGCACUCGAUGCCGUAAAGGAGUGCUUCCAUGCAGGGGGCCAAGGACUCAAAAAAUCGUUCUUUGAGAAAUCCCCGGAACUGCAGUCGCUCAAAUAUGCGCUCUCACUGUACACACAGACAACAGAACAGCUUAUCAAAACUUUCAUUACCAGUCAAAAACAGCAAGGUAUGCCUUACUUUAAAAUCCGUAACUUUCUUCGAAGUCUUCAGAAGUAUUUUUCGAGGCUUUUUUCGAAAACUAUAAAAAUUCUUGGUGCUGGUCAAGAUUUUUGGUGUGAACCGUGCACUAGUGCGCUGCUCUCUUCUAUGCGUAAUCGAAUUGACGAAAAAACCGUUGUCUGUUUGUUUAUUCAGCAAGUAAUUAUCAUCAACCUGGCUGAUAUUUUUCCAGAUCUUCCUUCGCAAGAACAACCAGUAGGAGAAGUGAGUGUUCAGGUGGAUCUGUUCACACAUCCAGGAACCGGUGAGCAGAAAGUCACCGUCAAAAUUCUGGCAGCGAAUGAUUUGCGGUGGCAGACAGCAAGCGUUUUCAAACCUUUCAUUGAAGUGCACUUGGUCGGGCCUCACUUGGCUGACAAAAAGCGUAAAAUGGCGACGAAAUCGAAAAGCGGAAAUUGGGCGCCCAAAUUCAAUGAAACUUUUCACUUGUAA